UCACCUGUCAGUUCUGACACGGUGCGAGAGUCCAGCUUCGUCUCUUUGUUUUCCUCCGAGAAACAGGUCUUCUUUUUCCAAGAAUAGAUGAUCAUCCUGUGUGGUCCGCCGUCACGUAAUUGAGGAGAGCAUCUAAUACGGUCUUCUAUCUGCUACAGAGUAGGCCUGUGCAGGCAUGGAGCCCCUGGCAGUGGAUGAUGACAUUUGCAUCCUUAAAUAUGAGACGGCCUACACCGCUGCCGGCGAGAGUCCUAUGUCGGUGUGUGCUGGCGAUGAAUCCGUCGCGUCCCACUUUGCCCUGGUCACGGCCUAUGAGGACAUCAAGAAGAGGCUGAGAGACACAGAGCGAGAGAAUACACUGCUGAGGAAGAGGGUUAAGCAGCUGGAGGAUAAGCUCUUCAGGCCAGAGGCUCCUCCAUCAGAGGGUCCUCAGUACGUGAACAAGGCCUUCAGCGCUUACCGAGGUAUCUAUAUAGAGAAGGAGGACCUGCAGUUGGAGCUUAACAAACUGAAAAGGGAGAAGAGUGAGAGUGAGAGGUUGCUGACGGAGCAGCUCCAGGCCAAAGAUUUGGAGCUGCUUCAGCUGAGGACGGAGAUGGAGACCAGCCAAGUGAUGAAGAGCCUGAACAGCUCUCAGGACUACUGGCAAGUGGACAGUAUCAGCACUGACCUACAAAUCCACAAACUGCAGGAGGAGCUGGAGAGGGUGACACUGGAAAACAGCAGACUGCUGGAGAGAAGUGGGGAGGAACCCCGUGGCCUUAACGGACCAGACUUGGACCAGACCGGUGAUGCAAAUCUUAAUGCAAGGGAGAGGAGCAUGCAGCAGCCGUACGAGGCCUUGUGUUAUGAGGUCACUCGUCUCCACUCAGAGCUGAAGCACCAAACGGGCCUGAUUAGAAAACUCAAGCCACUCAUCAGUGAGACAAGACAAGCUGCCUCGACAGGCCCAGUCCAGUGUCUCGACGACGUGGAAAAGAAAAACAACCCUGCACUUCCCCGGGCGUCAGCGCCUCGCCUCCCUAGCGCCCCCCCACUCCCCUCGUGCUCCGGCCGCCCCUGCCCCCCCGCCGGCGGGCCGUCGGGCCCCCUGCUGCCGGACAGUCUGAGGGAGGACUGCUGGUACAAUGGGCCCUGGCCCUCCCAGAGCUGUUCAGGGGAGGCCCUGGUCGGCGGUGACGCCUGCUCCGUCGUCCUGCCCCCGCCUCCCCUGAACCAAGCUUCCCUGGACGACAGCUCGCGGUCCUUCCCCAGCCCCCCCAAACCCAGCGACGCCAUGUUCUGGGAAGGACACUCCGCUGCGUCCAACUCCUCGUCCUCAAUUGGAAACUGCAGCCCCAGGAGCCCUCCCAACGCCGAGUGGGCCAAGCCCUAUUGAGAGGGACGAUGAUUAAAUAAGAGUGCGUAAUUGGAUGGAAAAAUAAACGAAUGAAUGAACGGAACUCUCCAACCCUGCCACAUAGCUACCACCUAACCUGCCUUAAGUUGAUAAGACCACUCCUCUUGGCUGGACUGCACUGGACCUGCUGGUUGUGGGAACUAAUUGAGGCCAGAGGAGGCCUUUUUUUUGAGGUAAAGACUCGAUAAACCCAUUACUCCGUCACCUCCGCACAUCGCAUUCGGAGAACAUAUCGGACUUCGCAGAGGAACGUGCGGUGAGAGACCCUCACCAGAAUAGUGUGUGUGUGUGUGUGUGUGUGUGUGUGUGUGUGUGUGUGUGUGUGUGUGUGUGUGUGUGUGUGU